ACAGAGAGUGAGUGUGCCAAGAGGGGAGUGUUCCGAGGGGGAGAGAGAAGAGAACGAAGCACUGCGAGGCAGGCAGUGGACUGCCUGUGAGCGGUUACUACUGCGACAUAGUGUCAUUUGCCAAUUUCGCGAAAAUCAGAAUCCCUCGAAGCACAAACUGGCGUGCCAUUCGAGGAGUGGCUGCUGUGGACGAUAUAGCACGCGGGCGAAAAGGAAGUCAUCGGUUUAGCAUGAAAAAGACGCAAUAAACUUGCUCGUAUUAGUCUGCAGCAGCCAGAGCGCAUCGAAGGUCAACAAAGAAGCAAGCGACUCGAAGUGACAGACACGGUAAAAGAGAGAAAGAGCUGCUUCGAUUGUUCAUGAGAAACUGCGUGAUUGAGGCGAGUGCUCGGCCUCUGUCAGUGGGCAAUGUCAGCAGACUCUGGGAGGCGCGGCCUCGAGGCCCACGUCAAUAGGCCUGUCCAGGUCGUCUGUCCACAACCAGUCAGUGACAAGUCCAUCAUCGACAGCGUCGCUGGCAUUAUCAAUGACAUUGUCCCCCAGGUCAGUGUACUUGGGUUUCGUGCGUACACGAGCAGCGGGCCUAAUUCUGAUAAUCGGGAGACGAUAGCUUGGGCGAAAUUCGAGUGGGCGGACAUCAACGAUCCAGCCUUUUUCCCCGAGGCGUACAAUGAGGGUUCGAGCAUCCCUCCGCUGCUGCUCGUGCUGGGCUACAGCAGCGGUGUGCAGUUGUGGCUGGUAUCUGCCUCGGGCGAGGCUACCGAAGUCCUCUCGUGGCACACGGGACCGGUGCGCAGCCUGCGCCUGCUGCCCAGUCCGCGCUGCACCGCUUGCCCACAGCAACAGCGCUCGCGCAUUCAGGAGGACCUGUACCAAGCCAAACGGCCCCUGGUGGCGCUCUGCGAUGCGAGUGGGUCGCAGCCCCACUACCACUCGGUGUCAUUCAUGUCGCUGCGCACCGGCGAAACGGUCAAGAGCAUUCGCUUCAAGAGCGCGGUGAACGAGGUGCUGGCCAACAAGCGCUCGAUCCUCGUCACCUUCCCCGAGCGUAUUGCCGUCUUCGACGCGCGCACCUUCGAGGACGUGCUGAGCGUGACCACCUGCUACCACAGUCCCGGCAGCAGCCUCAAUCCUGUGGCGCUGGGCAGUCGCUGGAUGGCCUACUGCGAGCGCCGUCUGCUGCCCGGUAAGCGCAGCAGUGGCGGCUGCGAGACCGAGGGCGUCUCCAGCUACACGGCCACUGUGCUCUACGCCGCCAAGUCUCUGGGCAAGGGUCUGCGUGGCCUCGGCGAGACGGUCGCCUCUAGCCUCACCGGCGGUGGCGUCAGCGGCACCGCCAACCACGCCGGCCCCCACGGCGCCAACGCGACCGGUCUGCCGACUGACACAGCCACCAACUCGAAUAACUGCAACGCCAAUGAGGCACCGCAGCCGGGCGUCGUGAGCGUGCUGGAUCUCCAGGCGGACGGGCCAGAGGCCAGAGCGAGCCAGCUAGUGGCGCACUUCGCCGCGCACAGCGAGGCCGUAGUGGCCAUGUGCUUCGACCAGACGGGCGCGCUACUGAUGACGGCCGACCGCCGGGGCCACGACUUCCACGUGUUUCGCCUGCAGCCGCACCCCGGCGGCUCUAGCCUGGCCGCGGUGCACCAUCUGUAUGUGUUGCACCGCGGCGACACCUCGGCCAAGGUGCAGGACAUGGCUUUCAGCGGGGACGCGCGCUGGGCUGUGGUCUCGACGAGCCGCGGCACCAGUCACGUGUUCCCCGUGGCGCCGUACGGCGGGCCGCUCGGCAUGCGCACGCACUCCUCGCCCCACGUGGUCAACCGGCUGUCGCGCUUCCACAAGAGCGCCGGCCUUGGCGACGAGUGCGUGGCGCGCUCGCACUCGCCCGUCACCCAUACCCACGACGGCGCGCAUCUCGGCUCAUCCGCCGGCUCGACCUGCCCGCCCGCCACCUCUAUCGGCCAGGCGCUUUAUCCUUACGGUAACCCCCGACUGCCGCCGUACCCACAUCCCACGGUCGUGCAUCCAUUAGCACAGCUGCGCCAACCGGCCAGCCUGAGCCACGCAGCCAGCCAGGCGCAGACGAGGCAGCAGCCCCGUCAGUGCCACGCUUCCGAAGACUCUGGUUUUGGCCAAGUUAAGCUCUGCGCCUGCUUCGCACCACCACGCGCCUGGCUCUGCUCGCAGCGGGAGCCUACCGUUAACAAGUUCGCCAAGCGCGCCGUUGACUCGCUUUUCAUCAUGACUUGCCAUGGCAACCUCAUCCAGUACGACCUCGAGCCUAAGGCCUCCUCAGUGGUGCCCAGGGAGAAGGUCUGCGACGACACGCCGAUCGAGCUGGACGUGGAGGCUAAGGGCCAGUGGCCGCUGAUUCGCACAACCACCUCGUCCGACAUCAAUUUACCACUAAGUCCGGAUAGUCCUCUGCUCGAGGCACCUCUCACGAGAAACCUCGACGAUGAAAACAGCAACGAGAGUCGCUGGCUUAGUCAGGUGGAAAUUUUCACUCACGCUGGCCCGCAUCGUAGACUCUGGAUGGGCCCGCAAUUCGUUUUCAAAACUUACAACGCGCCUAGCGGGAUACCAGUCAACCUUGUAGAAGCUGAAACUGUGGAAGUUGGCACCACUACUGGUUCUCGACCAGCUAGAUCAAAUCCCGUGAAUAUGCCUCACACGACUAGUAGACCACUUAUGCCAGUUGUCAUCGAUGGUUCCGGCAUAGGUAGCUACGAGCAGUCACCGAGAUUCGUCGAAACGUAUGGAGAUGCGCUGGAUCGCUACGAGCACGUAAGCGUUGGCGGCGAGAAUCAACUGAGAGAAGAUCUCGCCGAGGCUAUGUUGGAAACGUCGACCACCCCUCAUCGAUCGACAGGGAGGCGCUUGGUAGUUGAGAGGGUGGGCGGACCGGUAGCUAAAGUGGUCAACCCGUUGGGCACCGUGAUCACGGUGUCCGCGGAGGAGGCGGCUGCGGCGGCGGCGGCGGCAGCGACGACGGCUCUCCUGCAGCAGCAGCGGGCGUCGGCGAGCGGCCUGGAGGCCGCGACGACGAGCAGCGUCGGCAGCCGUGCCAGGAGCGAGAGCGUCUGCGCGGAGGAGGGCAAGUGGUCGGGUCUGGGCGAGGAGGUGGGCGCGGAGGCGGUGCGCGAGCAUACGGAGAUCUGCGCGGAGAUGCGGCCGGCGCGCGAGGUGGCCGCGAUCGACCGCGUGCCGCCCGAGAGCAUCGCCGAGGUGCGCGAGCUGCGCGCGCUCUGCGCGGAGGCCGGGGGCUCGCUGGGCGGCGGUGACCUGCAACGCGGCCUGGAGUCGGCGCGCGAGGUGCGCCCCGAGAGCCCCUCGCCGCUCUGCGCCGAGGCCGGCCUGGUCGACUGUCACGCCUGGAGCUGUCCGCCGACCAGCUCGGACGAGGAGGCGGCGCGCGGACCCGCGCGCGCCCCCUCCUCCUCCGACGACGACCUCGAGCACCUCGUGCUGCUGGGCUGCGCCGAGGGUGACGGGCCCACACCCACGGCCGAUCCCGAGCCCGACGCCGUCGAAGUCCCCCAGUCGGUCACUCCCCCGGCCGGCCGGCGCGACAGCGAGCCCGAACUGCCCGACAUGAUCGAGAUAAUCGACAUCGACGCGAUGCGCCGCGACCUCGGCGAGCCCGAGCCGCCUGCGGACUGUGUUCAGGUGGUGUUGGGCCCGGCCAAGUCCGCUCACGCCAAGGCGCGGCGCCACAAGCCGCGGGCCAAGGCCCAGUCGGCGUCGGCGCCGGUGCCGGCUCGCGCCGAGGCGCCGGCCGCCUGGGGCUCGCUGCUCGAGGCCAACAAGGAGAACCUGGAGGAGCGGCCGGCGCCCGAGGACAAGCGCAGCGACUCGGAGCUGGACAGGGCGAGCCUGGGAGCGGAGCGCUCCAGCUCCUCGGACGAAGCGAGCGCGCUGCUGCUGCUGCUGCCCAUGGACACCGAGGAGGAGAGCAGCGGCAGCAACAACGGCGCCGCCGGGGCCCCCGCGCUCGAGCCCGGCGGUGAGACCCUGCAGGCGCCGGCGCCGCUGCCGCUGCUGCCGAGCCUCGGCGCCGCCGGCAAGAAAGCCAACCGCUCCAAGAAGAAAAAGCGCAGAUGAGUGGAGGAUUGCGUCGACGUACCAGGGGCCAGUCUCGCCCUCUACAUUCUGUUUAUGCAAGUGUCCGGGGUCGACUAGCGCUCGCUGUCCGCGACCGGCUGCUCUCCGGCUCUGCGUCCACUUACUCCGAACACCUCGCCCGCCCCCAGCCGCCCGACAAGCUUACUGUAAAUACACCUAUGGUCGCCCACUCUCACGCGAAUCGCACUCCCGAGUACAUUUGUUUUCGAUGAGUGAAACCUAUCUACUUUAUCUCGUAACAACCAUUAUUGACACUUGUUACUUAUAUAUGACACACGUGCCCGCGCGCGCGCGCACGCACGCACACACACACACACACACACGCACGCACACGCACACACACACACACAAUAGUACAAUCACGAUAUUAACGAUCCGAAUGAUCGAGCAACGUUUUAUACGAUUGGGCCAUUAGAGGUUCACCUCGACGCAGAUAUAUAUGUAACUGUGCGCGUGAGCCACGAAAAAUUUUUCCAUUAACGCUCAUUGUACAGUGUGGAUACGCUAUACAUCUCUUAGCUAACCGAUAACGCAACUCGCGUUUGAAUCUCAUUUUCGUUCGCGCACGCUUGCGUUUCUUUCAGGCUCUCUUUCUGGUUUGAACCGUACGGUAUCUUAUUCGUGAAAAGAGGAUUUUAUUGUUCAAUUUUACCACUUAGAUCUUUUUUUGCAGUAUUCUUAUCCAUCGAUAUAACGAGUGUGGCGAUAUUAUUACCGUAUGACAACAAUAAAAAAUAACGAACUUCGUCCGUUUGUAGCUUCGAUUCGUUAGAGAGGUUUCGAUGAUGCACGUUCAGGAAGAGUUCGAACUGAAGAUAAAGAGUACAAACAGAUUAACAAAAUUAAACAAAUGAAGCGCUUCUAACGAUAAGUUUUUCUUUGUCUUAAGACCACCCCCGCCUGUAAUAUGACUGUGGCACAUAAUAUUCGUAUUGUGUUAGUAAAAUUCACUGCACAUUUUAAAACCGAUAAUUCGAAUGACGAUUUGUUUGAAGAUCUGUGAUGAUUUUACUGUAAAGGGCAAAGAAACAAUUUUUCGCGUUAGUUUCUUGAGUUAUUGACUACGAGCGAAUGCUGAUAUUCAAACAAAGUAAUUAACUUAACGAUAUUACCAGUGAUAGUAAUUAUUUUAUAUUCCAAUGCUCUAUGUGCAAUAUUUUUACCUUUUCUUAUUUGCGUGCGUGUAUUAAUUUGAAAAAAGAAAUAUUAGUUUAAUUUUACAUUUUACACGCGAAGUGCCUGGCAAAUAGAGGUGUGGGCGUAAGCAAUGAGUUUACAAUCAAAAAUAUUUUUUAUUUAUCUUAUUAGUAACAAAUUUAUUUUUAUGAGUAUUCAAUUUUUAAAAUGUUUACAAAAAGCUACCGUACGAUUGACUUUGCAGUUAGUUGUAUUUAAUAUCGGAUAAAAUGUACGAAUACCAUAUGCUCGUAGUCACCUAAUAUUGCAAAAGUGCUAAUGAAUAACGAGUGAUGAUCUUUACGUUGGUGUAAAGGUUAUAUUAAAAUAAAUAAACAAAACUAUGCGUAAUGAUAUAGCAAGCAGAUGUAUUAUUGGCAAACAGUGCGAAUAAGUCGACGUAGGCAUUGCCAUGUUGGAAUGCGUGAGAGUGAAAGUGCGCUUAUCGCGAGAAAAUAAAGUUCAAAAUACUCUCUCAUAGAUCAUACUUAGUAACUACUAUUAAUUAUAAUCGAUCGUGUUUAUUGAAUAAGCGGUCUGUGUUAUAAACGAAAAACGUACGUCAGCAGCAAGCACACGCGUUUUUUGCGUCGAUCAAUCCGUAAUUACAUGGCAUUGGCAAUCGUGGCGUACGGCGACAAAAAAAAAUGAAUCAUGUAUGUAAUUAAAAGUCUUAACAAACGAGUGAUCCAAUCAACUAGGAUUUUAGUGUUAGCAAAAGACAUUGGAAAUAUAUUGUUGGAAGAAAAGAGUCAGAGAAGAUUAAAUUUCUAUGUAAUCGAUCCUCUUGUUCCGAUUCUGUAUUAAAAUACAUAUAGUAUAAAUGAAAAAAAAGGUGUUCACAAUUAAAUUAUUAAAAUGUAAAAAAAAGAAUAGUGUUAGAUAUUCGUAUUGCAAGAUGCAAAGCUGCAUAUUGCGUGCAUGAAUGUAUGGAGUGUGUGCGUGGUGAGUUUGCGCGCGCGCGCACGAAUUGACGUUGAAUAAAAAGAAAUUUGGCAACCGAUCAAAUUAAUUUAGUUAAAAAAUCAACAAUUAAAUUAAAUCAAGAGAGCUUUCUUAUAUCCGAAAAAGAAAAAUUAUACCACAAGUCAGCCAUUAACUCUUAGAGUCACAGCUUUAUGGGGGCAUGGGUAGCACAAAUGUGGAUUCAUAUUUCCGCUUAAAGCAUAAUUUUAAGUAAUUUUAAUUUUGGUUCAAUUACUUUAAUCUAUUAGGUACCGAGAACUGAAUGUAGAAUAUUCAAUCGAUUUGUAUAAUUUAUAGAUCAAAUCUAGUCUUUAUUUAAUUUUGUUGACGUUUUAAAGUAUUGUCCCCUGUAGAGGAUAUUAUGACUCUAAGGGUUAAAAUAGUCGUUCGAAUUAGCAUUGAUAAACAACUGUGAAGCCAAAGCAGAAAUAAAGACAAAAAAUACAUCAAUUGCAUUGAGCAUGAGAGAGAGAGAGAGAGAGAGAGAGAGAGAGAGAGAGAGAGAGAGAGAGAGAGAGAGAGAGAGAGAGAGAGAGAGAGAGAGAGAGCGUGUACUAGGUAGUUGUGCAAAAGUAUUAUCGAAAGAAAAUAAAUAAUAAUGGAACGUC